CUUCCGCCCUGCUGGGGAGGGGGACCCGGCGGCCUCUCUCCUCCUCCCCAUUCCCCAUCCACCUGUCUCGGAAGCAGAAGCGGCAGCGCCCGGAGCGCUGAGGCGAGCGCGCCGAAGCCUGAGCUGGCCCCGCCUGCUGGAGCAUUCUCUCCACGGUGCGCAGCCGUCGGGCGUCGCGCUCAGGCCUCUAGGCUCCGCCCCCAACGAGGCUAGGCCACGCCCCCGGAACGCCAGGCCCCGCCCACCCUUCUGGAGCCUGAAGCAGCCAUGGGGACGCGGAGCAGCCCCGAGAAGGGGAUACGGUCGCCAGCGGUCCUGGAGCGCGACGCGGAGGCCGGGCCCCAAGGAGCCGCCGCGCUCCAGGAGACCUCCAGGCAGCCCCGCGAGGAGAAGGCUCCCGAGGCCCCGGCGGAGCUUCCGAGCGGCCAAGGAAGGGAGCAGAGGGCGGAAGAAGAGGAAGAAGUGGGAGAAGGCAGCAGCACCGAGAGCAGCCGCGACGUGGCCGAGGCCCCGCCUCCUGCACCCAGCCCGGCCACGCCUCCCGUAUCCAUCCCAUCUGGGGAAGGGGCCCGACGGGCGGCGCGGCGGCUUCGAGAACAGCACCUGGAGGCACUGACUCGCGUAGCCCUGAUGGAGCAGCGGGUGAAGGAGCUCCAGCGCCAGAGGAAGGAGCUGAGGAUCGAGAUGGAGGUGGAGGUGGCCCUGCUGCAGGGUGAGCUGGCUGGGGAGCGAGUGGCCGCGCGGCGGGAAGAGGAGCAGCUCCGGGAGCUGCUGGGGCAGCAGGUGGACGUGGAGCAGAGCGGCCAGGAGCAGCGGGAACAGGAGCAGAGGCGGCUGGGCCAGGAGCGGGUCCGUGUGGAGCGUCUUCGCCAGAGACUCCGGGAGGCCCGGGAACAGCUCGACUCGCAGCCGGAGGACCAGCACGAGCAGCUUCUGCAGAGGGUGCAGGAGAUGCGGGAACAGCUGGAUGUGGCCCAGCGUGCCUACGAGGACCUGGAAUUCCAGCAACUGGAGCGGGAGAGCAGGCGGGAGGACGGGGAUCGGGACAGCCCCAGGGCCCGGGUGCUGGACCCCAAGGUCCAGGAGCUCCAGGCCAGCGUGGCUCAGCACAAGCGCCGGAUCCAGGUCUUGGAGGAGCAGCUCAAGUCGCUGAGGGAGCAGAUGGCGGCCGAGAGCCGGGGGCUGAGGCUGAAGAAGGAGGAGGCCCUACAGGCCCUGACGCAGGAACGGAGCCGACUGCUGGAGCUUAAUUGCCUUCAAGGAACCCCUGCUGGAGACUUCUCAGAAUCCAGCCAGGCCCUCACUAAGCUGCUCUUUACCCAGAAGACAGACCGCCAGCUGCUGGUGCUCCAGGACCCCGCCGCUCACACCACAGCCACCUCUAGCUCCUCCUGCCUCUUCUCCGUCCACAGCUCCCUGCAGGGCUCCAUUGGCCUCCAGAGGACCGGAAGCCUGCCCCGCAGGAGGGGAGAGAAGGCGAGCCAGAGAGGAGCCCCGCGACCUCUGUCCCUCCACUGCACUGGAUCCCCGGAUGUCUCUGCUCUCCAGCCGGCCGCGGGGGACUCUGGGAGACACGCGCUCUACCAGCUGUUGAACUGCGGCCCUGGGAAUAGCUCUCCGGCCUUCCACCCAGACAUCGCGCGCAUGGAGCGGCUCCUGCAACAGGCCGUGGCAGAGAGGGAGCGGCUGCUCAAGGCCAGGGAAGGGACGAGAAGGAGCACAGAGGGUCCCUCGGGCCCUGCUAUCCCUGCCAUCAUGGCCCCACCUACACCCAGUCCUCCAGGCCCCCAGGUCUUGGAUCUCCGGCAGCACCUGGAACGAUGGGGCCACAACCCGGAAAGCUGCCCGCAUGUGCAGGUGCUGGGGGGCUGCUGCCGCGGCCCCCUGGUGAAGAUGGGCGGCCGCAUCAAGACCUGGAGGAAGCGGUGGUUCUGCUUUGACCGUCAGGCCCGCCGCCUGGCCUACUACGCAGACAAAGAAGAGACCAAGCUCAAAGGUGUCAUCUACUUCCAGGCCAUUGAGGAGGUCUACUACGACCACUUACGCUGUGCCUUCAAGAGCCCCAGCCCCCGCCUGACGUUCUGCGUCAAGACCUACGAGCGCCUUUUCUACAUGGUGGCCCCGAGCCCCGAGGCCAUGCGGAUCUGGAUGGACGUCAUCGUGACCGCGGCGGACGAGAACCACGCCCCCUGAGUGGCCCCGCCCCCGGGGGCGUCCCGGUGAGGCCCCGCCCCCACGCGCACCGCCGGAACGCCUGGGCCCGCCCCUUUGGAACUCUCCCGGGAAUUGUGCAGGCGCUGCGGCUCCGCUGGCCUGAGCCGGGGCGGUGUAGGCUGCAGGUGGCUUCCCCAAACGGGGUCUCCAGCCUCUGGGGCCUUGCGGCGGCGGGAAGGAACUAUUUAUUGGUGCUCCUGUGAUACUGAAUUAAACAUGGAAGAAAAACGGGUUGCUGCUGUGGUUUCCAGCCAAGGCGUCCGGGGCCCCUUGGCCCCUAGGCGGGACAUCCGAAUUAUGGGUCCCUUGGAGAGUUUAGCGUACCACAUCUGGUUCCUCUCUAGGAAUGGAAGCCUCAACCCUAAGGUCAUGGCGGAGGAAGGGGGGAAGGAGAGAAAUGCUCCCUUAAGUCUUGGGCAAUUUUGUUUUUUCAGUUUGGACCGCCUGCUUCCACCUUUUUUAGCCUGACUGGGCUAUUUGCAAUUUCUAGGAACUACUGGGCUCCCUCCCCCAAGGCGUUUGCACAUAUUGUUCCCUCACCCCUUAACUUCCCUUAGCCAGCUAAGCUCCUUAUUCUUCAGGUCUUGGUUCAGAUGUCUCCUCCUCCAGGAAGCCCUUCCUGGCUCCCCUGGCUGGGUCAGACAUCCCCCCCUUCCCCGCCCUGGGU